AUGGCAUUGUUCGAUAUAUUGAAAAAGGAGAAAUCAAGGCAUUCUUUCAAGAGGAAAGAACACAAUGAUAAUAAAUCAACAGUACUGACAAAUAAUUCUCACGGUUUACUCUCUUCAAAUAUUACUCGUCAAUUCUACAUAACUUUUGUAGAACCACAUAGGAUAUGGAAACCAAAUGAACAUAUUAUUGGUGAAACUACCCUGGAGAUUAAAAAGGAUAUUACAAAUAUAGCUAUACGUUUGUCUCUAAUAUGUGAAAUGAAAGUUAAGACCAGAGGUAAUAGUCCAACUACUUUAAUGGCUAAAAAAUCAAUUAGAUUGAUUGAAAGAUCAACUUUCUUAUAUGGAUUCGAUAUGGCUCAAGAUAAAUCACAUUGUACUCAAUCCAUAUCAACUUCUAGUCAAAAUAAUGAUAGUAAUAAUGUAGACAUAAAUGAUAGUUUAACAGAUGAGAAUGAAAAUGGGAAUGAACAUAUGAAGGUUGUAAAUGGAUUGACAAAAGGUAUACAUAAAUUCCCCUUCAGAAUAAAAUUACCAAAAAAUAACAAGAAAUUGUUUAGUUCGAUAAAAUUUGAAAGAGGUUCAAUAAAUUAUUAUAUGCAGUGCACGUUAGAACCUUUAUCCUCAGAUCAAUCAGAAAAAACAUGUGUAUCAAAAUGUAGAAAUGAAUUUGAAGUCAUUGUACCGUUGGACGUAUCAUAUUUACCCAUUCCAAAGACAAAGACAGUCGUUUUACAAUCGUUCACGGGAACACCAAUGGUGCAUAAGAAAUCAAACUCUUCAGGUGAUGCAGGUUCAUCAUUAUUUUCGAAGUUAACAAAUAAAUCAAAUGAUUCAACUAGCUCAGGAAGUUUCUCCACAAAGAAUGAUCUCAUAUUGGAUAAGACAGUGAACAUAUCUGUGAGUCUGCCGAGAUCUGGGUAUAUCAUGGGAGAAGUCAUCCCAGUAAAAAUCUCAGUGGACCAUUAUAAACCAUAUUAUCAUGCAGCAGGUGUAAUUGUCACUUUGGUGAGAAUAUGUAGAGUAGGAACAAAUAAUGAAACCGAUGGAAUCCCCAUUGAAAAAUUUAGAAAAGAUAUAUGUCAAUGUGUUUCACCAUUAUAUAUAGAUCCAGAAACCUUACGGGCAAAUAUUUUAGCUCAUUUGAAAGUACCCCUGAAUGCAUUUGCUACAUUUAAUCCACCGAAUCAAUUAUUUAGUUUCCAAUAUUAUAUUGAAGUUAUGGUAAAUUUAUCAAGGAAAAAUUUAGUUUACUCUGAAUCUCAUAAGAUUCUAGGAGGUGCUAUGGAUGAAAAUGAUGAAGAAAUUUAUCAAAAUAUGGAUAAUAAAUUUAAGACUAAUAAAAUAUCGUCUUCAAAAUUAUUUGGUCUUGACAAAAAUAUUCAACAAAAAGUAUCAGCUUUAGUCACUAACUCAAACAACAAUAACGAAUUAUUCGAGGAGGAAGAUACAAUUAAUAUGAACAAUUCAUCUAAUCAUGAUAGUAAAAUAUUAUAUAAGGACAUGGUUAAUGUAGAGAGUCUCAAAGGAAUGAGAAACGUUACAGGAAUGUCCAUUGAAAUUGUGGUUGGCACUGUGAAGGAGAUUAUAAAACCUGAUAGAUUGGAACCCAUCUCAAAGACGAAUUCAAUUCAAGAAAACCACGUAAAACAGAACGAUACUCCUGACCACCACAUAGAUUCAAUUCAAACAGACUCAGGAUUAACCGUUCCAGUGUUGAACUCAUCUGAAUUGAACAGUUGGUUAUCUAAUUAUCCAACUGACUACAACACCUUACCACUUCCGAAAUAUUCUCCACGUGAAACAUCUGCUACAGUUGAACCAAUCACUGCCUCUGAAGAUAAACAAGAAUUAGAGAGAUUGAGAUUGCAAGACCUUGAGAGUGAACCACCUGAAAAUUAUUAA